AUGGCGAUCGCAAGGCAAGUGCUUUGUGUGUGUGCGUUGCUCUCCCUGCCGCUCGCUCACUCGCAGCCCAUCCGCUACUCCGUAGCCGAGGAGGCGCACAGCGGCUCCCUGGUAGGCAACCUGGCGCAGGACGCGGCGCUGCCGCCGGCGCAGCUCUCGGCUCGCCGCGCCCGCCUGGUGUCGGAGGACGGCCGCCAGCAUUUUCGCUUCGACCGCGCCAGCGGCCGCCUCGUCGUGGCCGACAGGCUGGACCGGGAGCAGCUGUGCGGCCAGGCCGACACCUGCACGCUCCCCUUCGAGCUGCUGCUGGCCGACCCGCUGCAGUUCUUUCGGGUCGAGGUCACCCUCGACGACAUCAAUGACCAUUCUCCCAGAUUUCCCCAUCAAAGAGUCACUUUUAAGAUCCCCGAAACGAGCGACCCGGGCUCUCGUUUCCCACUGGAAGUUGCUCGGGAUCCUGAUGUUGGCAGCAACAGUGUGCAGGCAUACAGCAUUGCUCCCGAGAACGAGUACUUUAGCGUCUCCUAUGGGAGUCGGUUUAGGGGCAAGAAAUAUGUUGAACUUGUUUUGGAAAAGCCCCUAGACAGAGAGGAGCAGGCAGAGAUGGAUUUCAGUCUGAUUGCUGUGGAUGGGGGCUCUCCUCCCAGGAGUGGGACCACCCAAAUUCACAUUACAGUUCUGGAUGUCAAUGACAAUACUCCCGUCUUCACACAGGAGGUGUAUGAUGUGCAGGUUUUGGAAAACGCACCAGAGGGUUCUGUGGUUCUGACUGUUUUGGCAACAGAUCGCGAUACAGGAAUUAAUGGGGACAUCUCAUAUCAGUUAAGCGAAGGAGUCAGUAACAGCGAGUCAGUAUUUGAGAUUGAUCCCUUAACAGGUGAAAUUAAACUCUCAAAGAUUCUGGACUUUGAGGCAGCACAGACUCACGAGCUCAAUGUUAGAGCCACAGAUGGUGGGGGGCUCUCGGCAAUCUGCAAGGUGUUGGUGGAGGUGUUGGAUGUGAAUGACAAUGCACCCGAGCUGCUGGUCAGUUCCUUCAGCAGUCCCCUCCCCGAGAACUCCGCGCCCGGCACGGUGGUUGCCCUCUUUACUGUCAGGGACCGAGAUGCCGGAGCCAACGGCAAGGUGUCCUGUGCCCUCAACCAUCAGCUCUUCUUCUCCCUGCGGCCAGCCUAUAAGAAUUACUACGAGCUGGUGACUGUGAGGGCGCUGGACCGGGAGGACACGGCUCAGCACAUCCUCAGCGUGACAGCAGCAGACGCGGGGUCCCCUCCUCUCACUACCACCCACACCUUCACCGUGGACAUCUCGGAUGUCAACGACAACGCCCCCGUCUUCAACCAGACAUCCUACACCAUGUACGUGCGCGAGAACAAUGCACCCUCCGUGCUGGUGGGAGCCGUGAGCGCCGCAGAUGCCGACGUGGGGCUGAAUGCCAAGGUGACCUAUUCCCUGUCAGCAGGGCAAGCGGCGGAGCGGCCUUGGUGCUCGUGCGUGUCUGUGAACUCGGAGAGCGGGCAGGUGUUUGUGCUGAGAGCCCUGGACUACGAGCAGCUGAGGCAGAGCGAGGUGGUG